AUGGCAACACCGACCUCGCACCCCAACCCCAAUCCAAACCCUCACCGCCCCUCCCCCUCAAAAUCCCACCCCCAACCCACAGCUUCAAACCACCUAACCCCUCCGACCAACCCAGGCGCCUCCCCUCUCCCCUUCAACUCCGCGCACUCCACGCGCACGCACCCUUCCCCCCUCACCUCAACAACAACGCCCGUGAAACGACCUUUCGCUUUCACCGGCUCCGGGGUUGGGGCUGGGGGUGGGGUGGGGGGUGCGAAUGGUGGGCAUGCCCGCGGCCCUUCCUCCGGUGGGCAUCCCAUGUCUAGGCAGGGCACGAACCAGAGCGCUACCCCUGGGAGUGGGGCUGGGGCUGGGAUGGGGGGGCAAGCUAUGGCAAGGAGCGGGACCAAUCAAUCUGCAAUUUCGGCUAACACGCCGACGCCCUCGGGGUCAGGGAUCGGGACGGGGAUGGUGAGGAGCGCGACGGGUAUGACCACGGGGGGAAUGAGCGGGAUCAGCGCUGCGGGGGAUAGUCCGGCUGUUAGUGCUGCGGUGGGGAUGUUGAUGGAGAGUUUAAAUUCGGGGCAGGGAGCUGGGAAGGGCACAGGCGUGGGUUUGGGGGUUGCGGGGAUGGGGUUGACGCCGAGUCCUGGGAUGGGAAUGGGUAUGGGUAUGGGGAAGACGGGGUUGACGCCCGCGAGUAUAUCUGGGGGCCAGGGUAUGGGUGUGGGUGUGGGUGGGGGAUUGGUAGGACUGAGUGCGUUGCAACAGGAGGAGGAGAGAAAGAGGAGGAUCGGGGUUGUGGCUGAGAUGGUGGGGAAACGGUGGGGGUUUGUGAGUCAGAGCGGGGUGGAGAGUGCGGCGAAGAGGUUGGGUUUGGAGUGUCUUUGGGAGGAAGGCAUGGGGGAUGGAAAGAGGGGUUUGAGUAUUGCUGGUGAAGGGCUUUUGGUGGAGAUUGCGUUCGAGGGGGAGGAGGUGAAGGGAUUGCACUUUGAUUUGCCCGGGGCAAAGUGGGCCGGGGGCGAUGCGGAGGGCAAGAGGAAGGGAGGGGAAGUGCUGAUGAGGUGUUUGGGAUCAGAGGAUGAAGAGGCGCCGUUCGUACGGAUGGAGAAGUUCGUGGGCAACCUGGAAAGGCUGGCGAGGAUGGAUAAGCUGGGCGGAGAAGGCGGGGUUAAGUUCAAUUGCUUUGAUGCGGUUGAGGGUGUGCAUAGAAGCUUGAGGCUGGUGUACGAGAAAGAGAUGGAGGGCGAACGGCAGAAGCAGAAGGCUCGCUUCCAACAGGCUGUGAUGUGUUCAAGGAACGGAAGGCCAGUCGUACAUGAAGGUCAACGCGUUGGUCUGGCGUUGCAAUUUUGGAGGAAUCGACGACUCCUCAGCGAACUUGAGUCAAAUGACGAUGCUAUGGACGUGGACGGCCAAGAACAGCCUGAGCUUGGAAAUGAGGAGGAACAGAUUUGGUCUGCUGUCAUCGAAUGUGAAGCCUGCCCUGCAGAUGUGUAUACACCGGCAAGGGUGUCUGAGAAAUGGGUUCAAGAGAACACAGAUUCCAUGACAGACGGUAAUGCUCUUCACAUUGCUGACACAGAUCUGAGCUGGCUUGAACCACCUGGAGAUCUUCAAAUCCCAACUGACGGGACAACCGGCGACCACAAAUCUCCCAAUUUACGCUUCAUUGCAAAAUUCGAACCUCCUAUCGUGCUUCCACUUCCAGUAGCCCUCCAGCUUCACGAAUCUUUUGGAUCACCAAUAGCACAGAAUAGCAUCUUACCCACGACCUACGACGCUCUUCUAUUUUUCGAUCUUCGACCGCUAGAUCCAUUGGACACAGCAGCUCCUCGCACUUUCGAAACUACCAUUCGAUCAUAUAAUGCAGCUACGAAAGACUUCUCGACUUAUCGGCACAGAUCCAAUCUAUAUACUGCACCCCAAGACUUUGGCCGAAUCCUCACGGACCUCCCGUUCAGACAUCCAAUGCAACUUAGUACUCUUUUGCCCACGCUACGCCAAUGGGCUGUGGUUGGCAGCAUCCUCAAGCGUAGCUUCGCUUCUACUCCUGAAGAUGAGCCUCGCUCCCCCAAUGUGCUGACAACUGAUGGAGACAUCAAUGCGUCAAAUGGACACGUUCCAUCGCCUCCAGCCUUCCAAAGCCUUGAAGACGAACUAGCAGACUUCCUCUCCUCACCCUUACCAGGCUCUAGUAUAGCAAAACUUGGCGAAGAAGACGUCAGGAAUGUGGAUAUAAUUUUCAGCGCCUCUCCGCUUCCCCAAUUUCAGAUUCAAUUCGCCAAUCCUGCUUACAGUGGCAAAGUCACUGGCGUACAAUUCUCUGUUGGACCGGAAGGGGUCAUUGAAGUCGUUGACAUGGCCGAUGGUAAGGGGGCUAUAGUAGAGGCUCGAGCUGAGGGUGAUGUGGACGCACAGGAGGCUGUAAGAGAUAAGAUGAGGUUGAAAGAGAAGGUCAAGAAGGUGCUUGAGGUUAGUGAGGAUCUUGGUGUCUUAAUCGAGUGGCUCGCGAGACAGUGA